UCCUUGCGUGCCUGGAGAGUGCGGGCGCGAGCUCGGCGUAUUGGCGAAGCGGGCGGUUGCCUAGGCAACGUGUCACCGCCGGUGAGGAGAGCCCGGGCCGGGCAGAGUCGGAGGUGGGGAUGAGGCGGCCCGAGGGGGAAGAAGGACCCGGAGGGGGAGGCCUAGGAGACUCCGUAGGCGGCGAGGAGCUUGGCGGCAGAUGCCUGUAAGAAUGGCAGAAUUAUUCCCUUCGCUACUACGUUAUUUCCGAAUAUAGUGGUUAUAAUACUGGGAAAGAAGGCUGAUGACUUAAGCAACUACUAUGACAGACUACUCACUCAUGUGACAGCACCAUUCAGGAAAAUUACAAUUUCAACAUUGUUUAGAUUUUGGCUGGCCUGAUAUUACAAAAUGAAUCGCUACACAACAAUGAAGCAACUUGGGGAUGGAACUUAUGGCAGCGUGUUAAUGGGGAAGAGCAAUGAAUCUGGGGAGCUUGUGGCCAUCAAAAGAAUGAAAAGAAAGUUCUACUCUUGGGAUGAAUGUAUGAAUCUGAGGGAAGUCAAGUCCCUGAAAAAACUUAAUCAUGCAAAUGUAAUAAAGCUGAAAGAAGUUAUUCGAGAAAAUGACCAUCUUUAUUUUGUCUUCGAAUAUAUGAAGGAAAAUCUCUAUCAGCUAAUGAAAGAUAGAAAUAAAUUGUUCCCGGAGUCUGUCAUCAGGAACAUUAUGUAUCAGAUAUUACAAGGCUUAGCUUUUAUACAUAAACAUGGAUUUUUCCACCGAGAUAUGAAACCUGAAAACCUUCUCUGCAUGGGCCCAGAACUUGUUAAAAUAGCUGAUUUUGGACUAGCUAGAGAACUGAGAUCUCAACCUCCUUACACUGAUUAUGUUUCUACUAGAUGGUAUCGUGCACCUGAGGUUUUGUUGAGAUCUUCCGUUUAUAGUUCUCCUAUUGACAUAUGGGCUGUCGGCAGCAUUAUGGCGGAACUGUACACACUAAGGCCACUUUUUCCAGGAACGAGUGAAGUUGAUGAAAUUUUCAAGAUUUGUCAAGUAUUAGGAACACCUAAAAAGAGUGAUUGGCCAGAAGGGUACCAACUUGCUGCCGCAAUGAAUUUUCGUUUCCCUCAGUGUGUUCCCCUGAACCUAAAAACUCUCAUUCCAAAUGCCAGCAAUGAGGCAGUACAACUUAUGAGCGAUAUGCUGAACUGGGACCCAAAGAAACGACCUACUGCAAGUCAGGCACUGAAGUAUCCUUACUUCCAAGUGGGACAGGUUUUAGGACCACCUCCACAGUAUCUGGAUCAGAAGCCCUCUCAUCCCAAGUCAUCUCAACCUGCAGAGCUGAAGCCAUGUCUACCCAAGAUAGACCCUGUAUCAAAACUAGAACCUGUAUCGAAACCAGAAUCCCAAUCUUCAUCAGAUGAACCUGAAAUGUUUCCACUGCAGUGUCUGUCAAAGAAUAGCCAACAUCCUCUCCAGCCAAUUCAGCUGCCACAAAAUGCAAACAAUCAGCAACCACCAAAACAGCCACAGCCACAGCCAUUCCUUCCAGCCAUCAAUAAAAACUCAACAUCAAAGCCAGUGGUCACAGGACCUUCAAAUGGUGCAGUGGGCUUGAAAAGCUGUCGGCGUCGAUGGGGUCAGACUAUGUUAAAGACCAUGGAUAGUUGGGAUGAUUUUGAUGAUUCAGAAUUUGGAAUUUCAUAUUCUAAGAAGCCCAGCAUUGCUUUAUUACAUGAAAAGAAAACAAAAGAAUCUCUUUUUAGUAUUUCUGAGUCAAGGUCCCCCAGCUCUGGCCACUCAGGAGGAGAAAACAAGGUUCUGAAGAGAAAUGAUUCUGGAGUAUCAACGACAUCAGCAAAACAGUACUACUUAAAACAAUCAAGAUACCUACCUGGUGUGAACCCCAAGAAUGUUUCCUCAGGAGCAGCCAAUAAAGAAGGUUCCCAUGGUAGCUGGAACAAUCCCUUGCUUUCAAAACCAAUUGGAGGUCUGUCUUUUAGUCGAAUCAAUGCAGAAGAAAACUUAAUUAAACCAAUUGAAAAACUGUCAUGCAAAGAAAGAGUGAAUGAAAAAUUAGAGGACCCAAAAGGAAAUCCUGGCUUUGUAGGUGCUGCUUACAAUGGCCCUGUGGGAUACAUCCCUUCUUUUCAUAAAAAAGAGGUUGGUUCAGCUGGUCAAAGGAUACAACUAGCACCUCUUGGUCCAUCAACCACAGAUCUUCCUGCUAUCUGUGACACAAAAAAAGAAUAUGCAGAAUACGCUUGGAAAACUAAAGCUGUUCGAGCUCAGUUACCUGGGCCUACAUACAACCCAGCCACAAAAGGCAUGAACAUUUUAACUCGCCCACAGCCGGUACAACCAGUGCAUGGAAGAACAGACUGGGUGGCCAAGUAUGGAGGGCAUCGAUAGAAGUGCCACAAAUGCCUACUGUGACUGUUCAUAUAAUCUGCUUCACUCUGAGACACUUUAAAACAUAUUUCUACUAAUAGAAUAUCAAUUCUGGAAAGAACUGAGAGCCUGUAUUUUAUUACCUCUAGGGAAUAUAUGUGUGUGUAAAAUAAAUAUGUUUUACUUAGAAAGCAUUCCUCACAAUAGUGUCUCUAAGGGUUAGAGUUCUGUUUACAUAAAAAAGUAUUCCAUAAAAGAUCUUGCCAAAGCUAAGGACUAUUUGAACUCUUACUACAGUGAUGGUAACUUUGUUGUGCUUUUCUAAAGAUAUUUUUAAAUAGCAUAAAAAUGUAUUAGAUAUUAUAGCCAUUUGGCAGUUACAGUGAUGGAAAGCAAUGGAUGGAUAAAACGUGAAGAAAAGAAUUACUCUUGAACAGUGGCUGCAUCCAAGAAAUUUUUAAAAAAUCAGUUUAACAAAAGUUUUUAAAAAAAAAAAUGACACAAGGAUUAUCUCUAUUGCAUAUUCUAGUUAGUAUCAAAGUGUCAGAACUGAACCACAUCUUACCUGUUUUUAUUUUUAAUUGGCCGAUGUUUUUACUAUAUUUAAUUGCAGAGCGUGAACCCAUAAUUAAUGGAGAAGCCCACUAAAAUAACUAUUUAUAGAGGUGAUGUAUCUCAUUUUGCAAGCAUUUUUCGAGCAUAGUACGAAAGUGUUUUUGUAGGAUUUAAAACAUUCAUACUGUUUCCUUUCUGACUUUUGCACAACUUGUUUCUGAGUCUGGCUGUAAAGUUUACAGAUUGAGCAGUAAAAAGAUUGAUCUACUGAA